AUGUCUUCCACUUCCCUCGAGAAGGGUAACACAACUGCUAUCGAACGCAUCGACUCAGAUUCCUCCGGCAAUGCUGCAGCUAUCAACCAGUUCACGACUGAGCAGCAGAAGAAGAUCAUUAGAAAGGUCGACCUUCGACUUAUUCCAACAUUGGGAUUCAUGUACUGCGUCUCUUUGAUGGACCGUACCAACCUGGGUGUUGCAAUGGUUGCCGGCAUGGGCGUCGACCUCAAGCUCACUGGACAGCGAUACAGUAUUAUUGUCCUACUGUUCUUCAUCACAUAUGUCGCACUUCAGCCACCAGCCACUGUUGUGCUUCGCAAGCUUGGUCCCCGUAAUUUCCUCCCCUCGAUUGUUAUUCUCUGGGGAGCCGUAACCGUGGGUGUCGGAUUUGUCAAAGAAUGGCACACUCUCCUUCCACUUCGUCUGCUUCUUGGUAUCUUCGAGGCUGGUUUUUUCCCAGGCUCUGCAUACUUACUUUCAUGCUGGUACAAACGCUUCGAGCUACAAAAGCGCAACACAGUCUUCUUCCUCAUUGGCAUGAUGUCGUCAGCUUUCUCUGGAAUCCUCGGAUAUCUCUUCUCGCUUCUCAGUGGCAAGGGUUAUCAGGCUGCCUACUGGCUUGGUGUACAUCACGGGCCCACCAAGAAGGCACCACUUACACCCGUCAGCUUCGGUCCCGGUCUUGCGGGUUGGCGAUAUAUCUUCAUCCUUCAGGGUGUCCUCACCAUCGCCAUCGGUCUGGUUGGUUGGUACUUUAUAGUUGACUUCCCGGAGUUGGCCGCCAAGUCGAGCACCCUACAGAAGAAGUUCCUCGACCAAGACGAGGUUGACUUCAUCGUCGCUCGAAUCGAGGAGGACCGCCACGAUGUCGUUGCUGAGGAGUUUAAUUUGGCCAAGUACUGCAAGGGUGCGCUCGAUCUCAAGGUGUGGGGCUUUGCCUUGAUCUUCAUGAUGACCACCACGGUAACCUACGCCAUCGCUUAUUUCUUGCCCAUCAUCCUCAAAGACGGUAUGGGGUUCAGUCCAGCAGCUGCGAAUUGUCUUAUUGCUCCCCCAUAUGUCUUCGCUGGCAUGGUCAUGAUGGUCAUGGCUUGGCUAGGAGACAAGUACCGUGUGAGGUCUCCAUGGGUCAUCUGCAACGGUGUCCUUGCCUUGAUUGGCCUUCCUAUGAUGGGAUUCUGUUCAUCGGUGGGCGCCAGAUAUUUCGGUGUCUUUCUGGCAACUGCUGCUGCCAAUGCAAACGUUCCGUGCAUAUUGACUUGGCAAGCAAACAACAUCAGAGGCCAAUGGAAACGAGCACUUUGUUCAGCCACUUUAGUGGGAAUGGGUGGGGUAGGAGGAGUGAUAGGGGGUACUGUUUUCCGCACAGAGGAUGCCCCUCAUUACAAGCCUGGAAUCAUUGCGUGCAUGAUUGCUGGGGCCAUGAUCAUCCUGGUUACGUGCUUGUUGAACCUGAAAUUUUGGCUGGCAAACAAGCGGGCAAAUGCCGGUGGCAAGAUUAUUGAGGGUCUAGAGGGUUUCCGGUAUACUCUGUAA